AUUUUAGUAAAAAUUUUGAACAGAGUCGUCGGAGCAUUACCAGACUAGCUUGCAAAGCCUGCGCGUGCAGAAAUGGCCGCGGCAGCUCCUGAGGAGCCGAAAUGGGAAGGUGGCGUGCUAUUGUUUUGCGGCGGCACGGACUUUGCCCAGCUCGGCCGUACGGGUGGCAAGACCCGGAAGGAGGACCUGGACAAGGAGAGCCAGUACCCCAACUUGCUGCGCCCUACACGCCUUAAGACCUUCAAUGAUGUGAAGAUCAUGUUCAUUGCCGCCGGCCCUGCCGCCUGCCAUUGCUUCGCUGGUGACUCUGAGGGCAACCUGUACAGCUGGGGCCGCAACGAGCGUGGCCAGCUGGGACACGGCGACUUCGCGCAGCGCAACGUGCCCACCAAGGUGGCAGCGCUGACCGGUCAUUUUGUCAUCGGGGCCUCGGGCGGCAAGAACCACAGCGCCGCCGUCACGCGGGACGGCAGCGCCUACGCCUGGGGCAUCAACGCGCACGGUCAAUGCGGUACGGGGCGUGUCAGCGCGGCCAAGGCGCCCUUCAAGGAGGACAUUGUGCUCAACCCCACACGUUGCAUCAUUGAGAACUGCCAGCAGGUGGCGUGCGGUAUCGACUUCACCCUAUGGCUGUGCGACGGCAAGAUCAUGGCCGCCGGCAACGGCCAGUACGGAGUGCUGGGCGACGGCGUGGAUCACUCCUACAACGCCAAGGACUCCUCGAUCCAGAUCCUGUUCGAGGCGGUUGCCACGCCGCACCGCGUGGCGGGCCUGGAUGACGUCAAGGUGCUGCGCAUUGCCGCCGGCCACAACCACUGCCUGGCCUACGACGACCAGGGCUCAGCCUACAGCUGGGGCAACGGCGGCUACGGCCGACUGGGGCACAAGAUCCAGCAGGACGAGGACAAGCCGCGCAAGCUCGAGGUGUUCACGCGCCGCAACCUGGUGCCGCACAAUGCCAUCCUGGCGGCGGGCGGCACAUCGUCGUUCUGCACGGGCGUGGCCAACCAGGUGCACUGCUGGGGCAAGCUCAAGGUCAACGGAGACAACCAGAUGUACCCGGUGCCGGUGAACGACCUGGUGGGGUGGAACGUGCGCUCCUUCGCGUGUGGCCCCGGCACCUUCGCCGCCGCGGCCGACAACGCGGUCAUCACCUGGGGCGCAGCCACCAACGGCGAGCUGGGCUUCGGGCCAAACAAGAAGAGCAGCGCCAACCCCGCCAAGUGCGAGCCGCUGGAGGGCGGCCACACGCACCAGGUGGCGUGCGGCAUCGGCUUCACCAUGUUCCUGGUGGACCCCGCACACCCGCGGCUGGCCGAGGCGCCCGAGUGGGUGAGCGACAAGCCGCAAGAGGAGCCGGUGCUGCCGGAGCCGUCGGGUGCUGGCAAGGGUGGCGCCAAGCGCAAGGCCGGCGGCGAGGCGGCUGGGGCGGCGGGCGCAGCCAAGGGUAAGAAGGCCAAGUAGAGACCUGGGGGCAUCAAAUAAAUGCAGUUACGGUAGAUUGCAUGCAGCUAGGAGGCAGGCUGAAUGGCACGGAGCAGUGCGGGCACAGUGCGGAGCUCAAGCCGUAGCUGAGACGGCGCAGAAGGUGUGCAGAGAUCACUCACUCACAGCAUGUGUUAUUGAGAAUGCGGGUGUAUAGGACAUGUCAGGAUUGGUGUGAGAACACGGCAAUUGCAUGGCGCCAUUGAUGCCCCACCAUCAGUACGCGAUGCGGAGGAGGUCGGUCGGUCAGUGACCGUCCGCUGGCAAGGGUGAUGUAAGAACGGCCAGUGUGCGCACGUGACCCGGCAAGUUUAGGCAGUGACCUCCCCUGGCGCCCACUCGGGGGUAGUGCCCUACACGGGAAUGGUGAUCUUGGUGGCCCCCAAAACAAGACAUGGAGGAGAUGUGGGAAGACUGCAAGAAACAGCGGUGCUUGGGGCUCAUCCGCUCAUGUACAUCAUUGUAAGGCGGGCGGCUC